GAAAUUGGAAGAGAGAGAGAGAGGAAAAAAGAGGCGCGACUAGUGAAGUUGCUGAUAUUUUUCUCCACCAAAGACUUGCAACGACUCUCCUCCACAUCUGUUCACCCAAUUCCCGAUCAUGAAGAGGGGAGCCUUAAACCCUAAUAUCAAGCUCAAGCUUUCUCUUCCUCCUCCCGAUGAAGUAUCCUUCGCUAAGUUCCUAACCCAAAGCGGUACCUUUAAGGAUGGUGAUCUGCUAGUCAAUCGAGAUGGAGUUCGAAUUGUCUCGCAAAACGAACCCGAAGCUCCACCCCCUAUUAAACCAUCAGACAACCAGUUGAAUUUGGCAGACAUAGACACCGUUAAGGUCAUUGGGAAGGGAAGCAGUGGAAUUGUGCAGCUGGUGCAACAUAAAUGGACAGGCCAGUUCUUUGCAUUGAAGGUUAUACAGAUGAAUAUUGAGGAGAAUGCGAGGAAAGCAAUUGCCAAGGAACUAAAAAUUAAUCAAUCAUCGCAAUGUCCUUAUGUUGUUAUGUGUUACCAGUCUUUUUAUGACAAUGGUGCCAUUUCAAUUAUCUUGGAGUAUAUGGAUGGUGGAUCUUUUGCAGAUCUUCUCAAAAAAGUUAAAACAAUUCCAGAACCAUACCUUGCUGCGAUCUGUAAGCAGGUGCUCAGGGGUUUAUUGUAUCUUCAUCAUGAAAAACAUAUUAUCCACAGGGACUUAAAACCUUCUAAUUUAUUAUUGAAUCAUAGAGGAGAAGUCAAAAUUACUGACUUUGGUGUGAGUACAAUAAUGGCAAACACCUCUGGACAGGCCAAUACUUUUGUUGGUACAUACAACUAUAUGUCUCCUGAGAGAAUUAGCGGAGGAAAGUAUGGCUACAAAAGUGACAUUUGGAGCCUGGGUUUAGUGCUGCUCGAGUGUGCAACUGGUCAAUUCCCUUAUUCCCCUCCGCAGCAGGAUGAAGGUUGGGUUAAUGUUUAUGAGCUUAUGGAAGCUGUUGUUGAGCAACCACAACCUUGUGCACCUGCUGACCAAUUUUCUCCAGAGUUCUGCUCAUUUAUAUCUUCAUGUGUGCAGAAGGACCCAAAAGCUAGACAGUCAGCACAUGAACUUAUGACACAUGCAUUCAUGAACAUGUAUGACGACCUGCAUGUGGAUCUCUCAUCUUACUUCAAAAAUGCAGGCUCUCCACUUGCAACCUUAACUUAUGAUAGAAUAUGAAACAGUUCAAGAGAAGUUAGCUGCCUGAAAUCUUGAAGAGCUGUCACUGCAACUGAAAAUAAACAGCUUGCUGCCAUUGAAAUGGCAAGUGCCAAGGCUUUUAUUGAAAGCAUCAGUACUUCAUAGAACACAUCCCAGUGCCAGAAGAUUUCUUGUGGGAGGAACACUGCUAUAUUCAGAGUUUAUGAUUGCUGAGAAGGUGCUAUUUGCCUAUUUGUAUUAUUGUUUGAGGUAUCAGGAGUGUCUGUAUUACUUUAAUUUUUUUUUUCUUUUUUUUUUUUUUUUUAAGAAUUGUGUCCUGUAUGAAUUAAAAGCAGACAAAGACCAAAUUUCUUUUUAGUUGGCUCUAUUAGGGUUGAAAAA